AUUCCGAUCGCGAAGUUCGUUCGCAUGCUUGCACCCACCAUCAGAGUGUUACCUAAACAGUAAGUGGAAUAUUGCAUUUCCCCGGUAAGAUUCCGGUUUUAUUGAAAAACAAGCAAAAUGUUCACCGUCAGUAACUUGGCACUGGCCAGGCUGGGAGUGCGUUCAGUGCUGCUGACGAACGCCCGGCCACUGCAAACCGCCGUCGUCGAUUUGGCCGCUCGAAAGGGAACCCGUGAGAAGGCUCGCAAGGCCAAAGUCAAAAAAGUGGUGGAAAAGGUCGGAUUCAUCCGGCACGAUAUGCGGAACAAGGGCAAGCUCAAUUUGAACCAGACCAACAAGCACAUCGACGAUAGCUGGAAGCAGGAUCCCGUGGACAACUGCUGGGUCAGUAAGUACUACAAGUGGCGGGUUUACACGGUGGAGGAAGCUAUCCAGUGCCACCGGGAGACGCACCAUCCGACGAUGAUCAAUCUGCCGAAUGCGCCCCUGCUGGCCCAGGUGGAGCUCAAUAUGCAGGCGGAGAAGAUCACCCGCUUUGUGGAUAACUUCCAACGGAUGGUGGCCAUUCCGCACAAGUUUGACCACGGUGAGAACCGGAACAUUAUCGUGUUCGCCAAGGGACAGGAAAAUCUGAAGGAGGCCAGCGAUGCUGGUGCUACCCUUGUAGGCGGAGUUGAGCUCAUCAAGGAGAUUCAAAACGGCGACCUACAAGUUUCGGAAUAUCCCUUUGUCUUAGCCCAUCCCAACAUCCUGCCGGAUUUGGUGGUGAUUCGGGGGCUUCUGAAGAGGAACAAAUUCCCCAAUCCCCGCCAGGGAACGCUGGAAGUGGAACUGGCCGAUAUGGUCAAACGGUACUCGAACGGAAUCCAGUACUCGGCCGAGAAGGACGAAAACCAGAAAGACUAUGGACAGAUUGUCGCUUGCGUCGGAACGUUGCAGAUGGACGCGAAACAACUGGAGGAGAAUCUGGCCAUUUUGCUGAAGGACAUCAACACGAUGAGACCGAAGCGAGAGGGUAAGUUCAUAACCAGGGUGCUGCUGAAGAGCCCUCCCUCGGGGGAGGUGCUCAAGAUAGAUUCAUUUUUGUACGUGCCGGCCGAGGGUAAGGCCGCUGCCAAGAAGGGCAAGGCCGGUGAGGAGGAGGCAGCGGAGGAGUCGGAUGAGGAAGAUGAACAGAAAGCGAGCGCCAGUAAUUGAUAGGAUAGGUUUAUGAUUGAAUAGUGGUUUAAAUAUAUGGAAACUAACGAAUUCAA